AUGAUUGCCAAAUUUGGAGUUGUCAGCCUCCUCGCAGCCUCGCUGUCGGGCGUCUCUGCCCAGACCUUCCAGCGCCUGGGAACAUGCCCGACUCUGGGAUGUGUUCUGCCUCCCGACCAGAGCGACUUCCUCCCCGGCCAGCUGUUUGACUUGCGUGUCGAGGUUCACGCUCCCGUCAACGGCUCCGAGGCCGCUCACAAAGGCAAGCCCGACGAGAAGUUCAAAGUGACCAUCUCCAAGGACGGCGGCAAGGCCAAGGACUUUGCCAAAGCCUUUGACAUCACGGAGCCUUCGCUCGAGAAGUGGACGUUCAACUGGUAUGAGGACCUCUUUGCUCAAGACGCCCACAAGCCCUCCGUUGUCAACGUCGCCUCCAAGGCGUACCGUAAGAUUGCCCUCUACGAGCCGGGCACUUACACCGUCACCUUGAACUACUACAAUGGCGAGAAGACCACCGCCAAGUGGGUUGUCCGCGACCUCCACACCAAGAAGAGGGCCAAGAAUGUCAUCUUCUUCAUUGGUGACGGCAUGACCACCAACAUGAUCACCGCUGCCCGUCUCCUCGGACACCAGAGCAUCAACGGCAAAUACCAAACUCGUCUACAGCUUGACGAGUUCCCCGUCCUGGGCCACCAGAUGACACACUCCAUUGACAGCUACAUUACCGAUUCUGCCAACUCUGCCUCUGCUCUCUACUCUGGUCACAAGAGCACCGUCAACGCUAUGGGUGUCCACGCCGACUCCUCUCCGAACGCCUUCGAUGACCCCAAGGUUGAGACCAUUGUUGAGAUCUUUCGCCGCGUCCGCAAAGGUGUCUGGGGUGCUGUUUCUACCGCUUUCCUUGCCGAUGCCACUCCCAUUGCUCUCAGUGGCCACACUCGCCGUCGCAGCGAGUACGGCUCUCUGAUUGACCAGGCCCUCCACGGCAUGACCAACUACUCCUGGACCAACCACGGUGGUCCUGAUGUCUUCUUCGGUGGCGGUGCUGAGCAGUUCCUCCCCGGUACCGGUUCUUACCAGGGCAAGGACUACUAUGCCGAGUUCGCCAAGAAGGGCUACUCUGUCAGCACUGACAAGAAGUCCCUCCUCGCUGCCGACAACAACAAGAAGGCUCUUGGUGUCUUUUGCCAGGGUGUCAUGCCCGUCUGGCUGGACCGCAACAUCUACAAGGACAACCUCAAGGCCUUCAAGAACGACCCCAAGGGUGGAAAGGGACCUGCUCUUGACCUGCCCGGUCUCAAGGAGAUGACCCUCAAGGCUGUUGAUAUCCUGCACAAGCGCGGUGGCAAGGAGGGAUUCUUCCUCAUGUCCGAGGCUGCUUCCAUCGACAAGCAAAUGCACGUCCUUGACUACGAUCGUGCUCUGGGUGAUCUUUUGGAGCUCGACGACACCGUCCGUGCUACUGUUGCCAAGCUCAAGCAGCUGGGUAUCUAUGAAGAGACGCUGAUUGUCGUAUCUGCUGACCACGGCCACGGCUUUGACGUCUUUGGCUCUGCCGAUACCGAAUACCUGACCGCCCAGAAGGACGAGCGCGCCAAGCGCAAUGCCAUUGGCGUCUACGAAAAGUCUGGUCUCUCCCAGUACACCAAGAAGGACGGCAAGAUCAGCUAUGGCACUGGCGUCAACUUCCCUACCAACUGGGAGCCUCGCUACGCCAUUGCCGGUGGUGUCGGUGCUGCCCCUGACCACCGUGAGAACUACAAGGUCCACAAGAACGGCCCUCGCCUGCCCGCCACUCCCAUUGGCAGCGAGUACUUUGUCAAUCCCGAGGACGGCGUCGACGGCAUCGUCAUCAACGGAACCAUUCCCACCUCCGAGGCUCAGGGCGUCCACUCUCUGACUGACGUGCCCGUCUUUGCCCUUGGCCCUUGCCAGGAGACUUUUGGCGGUACUUACAACAACGUCGACAUCUUUUACAAGAUCGCUAACUGCUUGGGUCUGGCUCAUGGCAAGGGUGACUGCUAG